AUGUGUUCUGACGCCCUUGAUAACUCUCCGAAGCUGAACGAGCUUCCUGGGGAGCUCAUUCUAGAGAUCCUACAACAUCUCACAGUCGUCCGCGGCUACCUCGCUCUCCCGGAGGAAGAAGCCGCACGGAAAGCAGAGAACGCGCAGCGGAUUGCAGCGUUGCAUGGAUUGAGUCUUGCGUGCCGCCGGUUGAAUUAUAUCGCGACUCCAUAUCUCUACGAGUCUAUUACCAACCUAGGGCAGAGCACCAACUGGACGAAUGUCGACUCUCUGUUGAACACUAUCAAGAAGAAACCAGCAUUCCUAAAUUUCAUCCGAUAUAUCGAAACUGAUGGCGAUGAAUUUGACGCUGCUCUUGGUUCUGAGCUGGAAACCAAGCUCGAAGGUUUACGACGUAUCGACUACGACGCUUACAACUAUGACACUUGCAUAGAGGAACGAACGAGGCAUAUUAUGUUUCCCUGCAUUGUUGUGGUGUCUACGCUCAUCUCGCUCGCUCGAAAUCUGGAGAGUCUUGCAAUCGACAGAAGAUUUCGAGAAGAUCUGCAACCGUUCGAGAAAACAUUAGAGUUCCUUGCACUAGAUACGUUGGAUUCGUCGUGGCUUGUCGAGCUAGAAGAGGAUAUUCCCACGAUUGGAAGCCUGCGGGAGUUCACGAACCUGAAGCAUGUCGAAGUGUCUGGCAUGGUACUUUGGAGCGAUGAUGACGGUACGGUGAAACAUCCUCGGCUCUCUUCAAUCCUACCAUCCGCAUUGGAGACGUUGAUUGUCAACGUUGAAUGGGAGGAUGAUGUUGAGGAGGCUCUAGCAGAUCUAGCCAAAGAUUGCGCAGUCCAUUUUCCGGACUUAAAGAAGGUUGAUUGCUCUUGGCGGCCGGCACCUAUGUUCGUCGGCCGGGAUCUUAUCACUGAGUUCGAAAAAGCGGGUGUCAGCCUGAAGCUAGACAUAGCUUCCACUACUGAAGAGGAGGAGAAACGGAUCGAAGCCGAGAUGAUACAGAUGGAACAAGACAUUGAGUAUAUGGAUGAGAGAGCUGAGGCAAUCGAAGAGGAGAUCAGGCGAUUUGACGAGGAAGUGACCCAAAUGGAAGAGGUUGCUCAUGCGCAGGAGACUUCAUCGGGGAAGUACUGA